CUGACCCCAAAAAUUUCUCUGGCUUGCUCUAAAUGUAGUUAAUUAAUUAGGAUAAAACCUGACAUUAAGUCAAAAGUACACACGUAACCACCCACUUACUUAAUUAUCCCAUCUCUUCAUUGAAGUUUACAACUCAGCUGAACAGAGGAAAAAAGAAAUGGCGGCUGUGGAAGAUCCGCCGCCGAGAGACGACGAAUUCAUUGAAGGAACGGUUGAUUUCAAAGGCUGCCUAGUUAAGAAGUCCAAUUCCGGCAAAUGGAGGUCGGCUUUAUUCAUCAUAGGAGUUGAAAUGGCGGAGAGGUUUGCUUAUUAUGGAAUCAGUGCGAAUUUGAUCAGUUAUUUGACCGGCCCACUUGGUCAAUCCACGGCUAAGGCGGCGGAGAAUGUGAAUGCUUGGUCUGGCGCCGCCAUGCUGUUGCCGUUGUUGGGUGCUUUUGUGGCGGAUUCCUAUCUCGGCCGUUACCGCGCCAUUAUCAUUGCUUCUCUUCUCUAUAUAUUGGGACUUGGCCUUCUGACACUUUCAGCUGCUCUUCCUUCUUUUAAGUCUUCUGAUUGCGAAAAAGUAGCAGGUGCAACGCCUUGUUCACCUCCAAAGCUUCAAAUGAUCCUCUUUUUCGGUUCAUUGUACCUAGUUGCGCUAGCCCAAGGCGGGCACAAGCCUUGUGUUCAAGCAUUCGGCGCUGACCAAUUCGAUGGAAACGACCCCAAAGAAAGUAAAGCUAAAAGCUCUUUCUUCAAUUGGUGGUAUUUUGGUGUGUGUUUGGCUGUCACUGUCACAUUAGUGGUUUUGACCUAUAUUCAGGACAACCUUAGCUGGGGAAUUGGAUUUGGAAUUCCAUGUGUUCUGAUGGCUAUAGCACUGAUCAUUUUCUCACUUGGAACUGUGACCUAUCGGUUUGCUGUUAAUGAUGGCAAACAGAGCCCCUUCAUGAGAAUCAGCCGCGUGUUUGUAAAUGCAGCAAAAAACUGGAGAACAAACUCUUCAACAUUACAUAAUGACCAAGGUUCUCAACAAUUCAAGUUCCUAAACAAAGCAUUAGUAACACCUAAUGCUUCCAAGGAAGAAAAGAGUUCUUGUAGCUUAAACGAUGUUGAAGAUGCAAAAGCACUUUUUAGGCUAGUUCCAAUAUGGAUCAGUUGCUUAGUUUAUGGAAUCGUAUAUGCUCAAUCAUCAACUUUUUUCACAAAGCAAGGAGUUACAAUGAACAGAUCCAUCAGUUCAACCUUUAAAGUACCACCUGCUUCCUUACUAGCCUUCAUCAGCACCACAAUUGUUGUUUUCAUCCCUAUCUACGACCGCAUCAUUGUUCCAAUCGCGAGAGCCAUAACCAGAAAGCCAUCAGGGAUAACUAUGCUGCAGCGGAUUGGAACCGGAUUGUUCAUCUCAAUACUAUCCAUGUCUACAGCAGCCCUAGUCGAGAUGAAGCGCCUCGAAACUGCUAGGAAUCACGGCUUGAUAGAUAAGCCAAAGGAGACGGUUCCCAUGAGUGUUGCAUGGUUGAUACCUCAGUAUUUGUUGUUAGGAGUUUCUGAAUCAUUGACACUGGUUGGUUUGCAAGAGUUUUUCUAUGAUCAAAUGGCUAGAGAGUUGAGAAGCACAGGGCUUGCUCUGUUCCUCAGCAUUUUCGGCAUCGGAAGCUUCCUUAACACCUUUCUCAUAUCUGUAAUUGAUAAAAAUACAAGCAGAGAUGGACAUGAAAGCUGGUUCUCCAACAAUUUGAAUAAAGCACAUCUUGAUUACUUCUACUGGCUUUUAGCUGGACUAAGUGUUCUAGCAUUGAUAGCUUAUUUGUACUUCGCCAAGUGUUACAUUUACUAUCGAUGCAAGAACUGACAUUUAAAGUUGUACUUCCUAGCUAUAGUUUCUUUACCUUGACCUGGCAUACCAGAAAUUGAAACAAUUGUAAGAUUCUUUUGUCCUCUUAUAAGGUGAUUGAUUACUAGCUUUGCACCCUCCUUUGAGUCCUGUAUAAAAUUCUUUUUUCAUCAGUCCAAUGCAAGGAG